AUGGUCAUAAAACACUUCUUCUCCUCCAUAUGCUGUUUCAAUGAUCUGAGAUUACCGCAAAGAAUCAAAGGAUCAGCAUCUUCUAAGGUGAUUAGGAUCAAAUCUUCGAAUAAAGUCGAGGAGGGACUGAUCAGAAACUCACCCGAAGAACAAAGAGUCGACGUUGAUGAGGGUGUUGGUCAGAGUGAGCAUGAGGUGGGACAGGAUAGAAGUAUUCUUCCAUGCCUGCAUGAGUUUCAUAAGGUCUGUAUAGAUGGGUGGUUUAGUGUAUGUCGUAAGACAUGUCCGGUGUGUCGGUUUUCGAUGGAGGAAGAGAUUAUUACUCAGAAAAGGGAAGAGUUAACUGAGGAGAUGGUGAUAUGGUUUUCUUCCUUUCAUGUUGCUGGCUUCUGA